GUGACGUUCCAGGGCGUCCCCGUCUAUCAUGUCCCCGACAUCGCGGAGGACAUGUCCACCCUCCUUCGGGCGAUCUACGACGGCCGAAAGUGCAGCCAGGCCCCCCACAUCCGGUUCAGCGUCCUCUCCGCGCUCAUGCGCCUCGGCCACAAAUACGCCCUCACAGACAUCGUCGCCGAUGCCACCGCCCACCUCGAGGACUACUUCACCUCCUGCCUCCACACCUGGCUCCAGCGCAGCAGCGGCACGCACCCUGCGAAAUUCUGCCUCUCAGACAAAGACAGAGCCGCAGGGGCCGCCUUCGAGGCUGUCAACCUCGCGCGGCUCACCGGCCAGCACGCGCUGCUGCCCCUCGCGCUCUACUACGCCUGCCAGCACUCCCCCGAGGAGAUC